UUGUAGGCAUAUCCAGGAACAGAUGACGCUUUAACAAAGCAGGCUGAAAAAGCUCGUGCUAAAAGUGAAGAACUGUUGCAAGAAGCUGUAAAGCUACGAGAUGAAGACGUUCCAGAACUUCAACGACACCUUAAAGAAAAAAAUGAUGUAUUGAAUAAGAUACAAGAAGACAAUGCAAACAGUAAACAAAAUCUGGAUGUCAUCAAUAACGAAUUAAGUCGCCUUCCCAGGGGAGUAGGAGACAAUCUACGAAAAGUGGAAAGCCAGCUUAGGGGAACACUGGAUCAGGCAGAGAGGACUCACCAAAAAAUUGAGGAUAUCCAAAACAAAAUUAAUGAAGAACUCAAUCCUAGGUUUGAAGCUUUGAAGGCUGGAUCUGUGGCUGGAUUAGGAAACAUCAGUGAUACUAUCAAUAAAGCUAGAAAUGACACAGUAGAUCUCAGGAGGCAGGCCAAAGAAACAGAGAGACUUGCAAAGACAGUAGAGUCACGGCACAGAGAUACUCAACUGAAACUAAAAGAAUUAAAGAACAAAAUCAAGUUUGCCAGACAAAUGGCUUCCAGUCUCAAAGUGUCUUUGACCACUGACAAGAAUGGAAAAUGUGUAAGGUCAUAUCAACCACAGAUUCGGCCGUCAACUACCAACAAUAUUAUCCUUAAUUAUGCACUCAACAAAAAAGAUGAUCGUGACAGCCUGCUGUUUUAUCUAGCCAGUACAGUAUCUGAUGACUUUAUGGCAAUAGAGAUGGUCAACCGUAAGAUUCACUUUUUGUGGAAUGCAGGAGGUGGCACACAAGUUCUCAAACAUGGUCACACACUUCAAGUUAAUGAUGAACAGUUGUCAAAAGAAGAGUACUGGUAUAUAAUAGAAGUAAACAGAAUUGGGAAUCUCGCCACAUUAACAGUAAAGUCAGCAUCAAAGAAAGCAGAACCAGAUCAUAACAAAGUUCAAGGGCAUUCAUCAUUGGAGUUCACCAAGAUGAGCCUCAACUCCUCAUCUCAUUUCUUCAUCGGUGGAAUUCCAUCUAGCGUAAAGGUCCCGGGACAAGUUAAGACUAGAUCUUUUGCCGGAUGUCUUUAUGAAGUCAGAUUGGAUGGUAACCGUGUAGGACUGUGGAAUUUUAUAACCAACUAUGGUUGUAGUGGCUGCAAGGAAGGUGUGACUGGACAAGUAGAUGCUUCGAAAUAUAUGUUUAAAGGUGGUGGUUAUGCUAUUCAUCGCCAGAUUAAGAACUAUCCAUAUUACGAACAUACUAUUACAUUGAAGUUUAAGACCUUUGAUGAAAAUGCUUUGUUAUUUUUCACAUCAAAUCCUCAGAAGGGUCAGUUUGUGUCACUAGAGCUUCGAAGUGGGAAGAUAGUAUACCAGGCCAGUGUUGGGCCAACCACUAGCAGACUCAUUGUUAGUACAACGAAAAGUUUCAACAAUGGAUACUUGACAAGAACAACCAUACAGCGGCGAGGAAACAAAGUCUAUCUUCUUGCAAAUAACAGUAUCAUUGAAGGCAAAGCAGAUGACUGGAAAAAAAACGAUAAAAUUGAACUGAAUUUGAGUACAAAGAUGUAUUAUGGAGGAGUUCCACCUAACUUUAGUGCUUCCAGUUGGCCAGAUGUAGUGUUCCAGGGUUUUCACGGCUGCAUGAGUGGACUUCAAAUUGGAUCGACUGUUGUAAACUUGCUGAAUGCUGAGGCAUAUAAUUUAUUACCUGGAUGUGAAGAUGAGGUUAUUAAGAUAGUAAGGUUCACAGGAAUGGGAUACUUAGAAAUGAAAGGUCAACCUUUGGAAAGAGAAUCCAAUUUCAGCUUCACCUUCUUGACGAAGCAGGAAAAUGCCCUGCUGUUACUCUCAACUUUUGAAGGAAGUGAUGAGAAGGAGGUGGAGAAUCUUGAGGAGUUGUGGUUAAGGUUGUGGAAGACUACUCAGAAUUACUAUUCUGUUGCUGUGGUAAAUGGAAAGUUAGAGACAAGGUUGAAUGCAGGGAAAGGUGAAAAAUUAAUUGAAUCCAGUAAACCAGUCAAUGAUGGGAAAUAUCAUACAGUUACAUUACUGAAGAAUAGGCGCUAUGUCAAGUUAAGAAUUGAUGAUGAGAAUGUGGGAAGUGAUGAAGGUCUGCGACUUAAAGGAUCAAGAAUUGAUGCACCUGUCAAUGGAGGUUUAUUUUUUGGUGGAGUGAGAAACAACAUGAGAGUGAGUCAGAUGACAACUACUACGAAUAAUUUGACAGGAAUUAUUAAAGAUGUAAUUUUCAACAAUAGGUAAGAUCCA